AUGGCUGCCACUUUCGUUAUCCUGCUGAGCUGCCUCGCAUACGGCAUUGUAGCCAGUCCUUCGCAAAUUGGAAGCUUGCCUGGCGGUCGCCCAGCUCAAUCUGUCCUGGGUCCCGUAGCUAACAAACCAUCGUCAUCUUACUUGCCACCAGCUAAGCAGGGCAGACGUCCAGGUGCUGAGCCUCUUGUGUCCAUACCCUCGAAUCCAGCUCAACUAGCUCUCGGAUCUGUUGUGUCCGCACCAGUUGCGCAGCGCCCGGUUUCUGGUCGAGUUCCAGUCAACGUGGGUGACAUACGUAAAUCAUCUUACCGUCCUGUUGAUCCUGCUUCAUCUACCCAGAAUCCAUCUGUGCAGAAGCCAUCUCUCAUCGGAGCUCCUCGCCCCAUUGUUCAGCGUCCUGUUGCACCUGCUGUGCAGAAGCCAUCUCUCAUCGGAGCUCCUCGCCCCAUUGUUCAGCGUCCUGUUGCACCAGCUGUGCAGAAGCCAUCUCUCAUCGGAGCUCCUCGCCCCAUUGUCCAGCGUCCUGUUGCACCUGCUGUGCAGAAGCCAUCUGUCCAGAGGCCAUCUGUGCAGAGGCCGUCUCUCAUCGUAGCUCCUCGCCCAAUUGUCCAGCGUCCUGUUGCUGAACCAGCUGCACCUGCACCUGUUCCACAAAGACCGAUCUCCGCUGGAUGCUCCAAGAGCGGAUCUCGCACCGUCGGCCCUAACGCUCCCUACUAAAUAUCAUGAGAUGAGGUGAUUGAGGUCUUGAAACCCGAAAUUCCUGCACAUUCGAUGAAAACGAUCAUUAUAUAACUUUCGAAUAAACUAUAUCAACUAUAUAAUUACAAAAAUAUACAAAUAGCUGCAACAAACACAAAAA